GAGAAGGGUUUUUGCCGUUGGAGCUCUGGGCAUGCGCAGAUCGCGGCGGGAGAGACCUGUCAUUAAAACACCCUCCCCCGUGCGCGGCCCAGAAGCCGCUGCGGAGCUGCAGCCUCCAGGGGCCAGUGACCUUUGAAGAGGUGGCUGUGUAUUUCACCAGGGAAGAGGGGGCUCUGCUGGACCCCACUCAGAGAGCCCUCUACCGGGAUGUCAUGUAGGAGAACUAUGAGACAGUGACCUUGCUGGAGACAAGGGCAUAAUUGUCACCUGGCCACGGGAGGAUCUCCUCUUGGCUGAGUGAAGCAUACGUGGACUUGUUCUGUUUUUGGGAGCAGGAAGAACUGGGCUCGCAGACGCAGGGAGCUCUGCUGGAGUGAAGACAAAUGGACAGCACAGGGAGUGACCUAUGUCUGGAUUCUCUCUGUCUCCCAUCAGGUGAUGAGAUGGUGAGUGAGAACGAGGAGAGUCCCCAGCAGGAAGAUGCUGAGCAAGUAGAACCACAUGGGAUGUUAUCAGGAAUAUCCAAAGGGAAUGUUUCCAGGAGUUGUGCACUCCCAGAAAAAGCAAAAGCCUGUGAGACUAAGCACAGGCCAGAGGAAAAGUUCAGUAGUUACUCAGACCUUAUUACACGCGAGAGCAUCAACUUGGAAGAGACAUGCUACACAUGCCAUGAGUGUGGGAAAAGCUUCAAUGAGAGCUUAGACCUUCUCACACAUCAGAGAAUCCACAGGGGAGAGAAACCCUACAUGUGCUCUGAGUGUGGGAACAGCUUCAGUCGGAGCUCACAACUUAUCAGACAUAGGAGCAUCCACACAGGAGAGACACCCUACACGUGUUCUGAGUGCAGGAAAAGCUUCAAUCGGAACUCAAGCCUUAUUAGACUUCAGAAAACCCACACAAGAGAAAAACCCUACACGUGCUCUGAGUGCGGGAAAUGCUUCAGUUAUAACUCAGUCCUCAUCUCACAUCAGCGAAUCCACACAGGAGAGACACCCUACAUGUGCUCUGUGUGUGGGAAAAGCUUCAACCAGGGCUCAAGUCUUAUUAGGCAUCAGCAGAUCCAUGCUGGAUGGACACCCUACACAUGCUCGGAGUGCGGGAAAUACUUCAGUUAUAGAUCAGCCUUUUGCAUACAUCAGAGAAUUCACACGGGUGACAAACCCUAUGGAUGCUCUGAGUGUGGGAAAUGCUUCAUGGAUCGUUCAGCCCUCAUCACACAUGAGAGAAUCCACACAGGAGAGAGACCCUACAUGUGUUCUGUGUGUGGGAAAAGCUUCAAUCAGAGCUCAAACCUUAUCAGACAUUGGACAAUCCACAUAGGAGAGACACCCUACACAUGCGCUGAGUGUGGGAAGAGUUUUAAGCAGAGCUCUGCCCUAAUCACACAUCAGAGAAUCCACACAGGGUAGGUGCCCUACACAUGCUCUGAGUGUGGGGAAUGCUUCAGUUUUAGCUCAGCUCUCAUCAGAGAAUCCACAGUGGAGAGACGUCCUACACGUGCUCUGAGUGUGGGAAAAGCUUCAAUCGGAGCUCAAACCUUGUUAGACAUAAGAAAAUCCACAUAUGAGAGAAUUGUAAUAAAUGCCUUGAUUCCGGCUGGCCAAAGAUUGUUUUUAAAAAAAUCACAAUUGCGAUUUCCCAUAGAGCCACCUUUGCACCAUGUUCACUGUGGUGUCUCAGCUCUCCUCGAUGAGUUGCCUGCUUCUGCCUUUUGCAACUCCCUGUUCUGUAUUCCCCAUCACUAUCCCAAUUCCCCUGUUGUUCAAUUGGUUAGGUCAAUAUUUUUUCUAAAGGGCUGAGAAGACUAGUCCCUAGUAAAUGGCUUGGAACUAAGCAAAAUACUCGUGCAUUUGGCUCCCAAAGCAGUUGUGGCCCAGGCCCUGCAGGAGGUGACUCCUGAAGAGAUCACCUUCCUAAUCAGGUGCAUGUUGCCUAUUAUUUGGGAAAUGCAAUUCCUAUCUAGGUAGGGAAGGGGAAAAUGGAAGUGAUGUUUCUGUUCAGCUCACCCCGGGAGAUGCACAAAUAUGUAGAAAAUGAAAUUGUGUUGAAUGUGACAUAGCUGCAGAAAGAGACCUAUUUUCAAUAGAUACCUGACAUUUGGUGCUUUACAGGGAUUCUAAGCCGCACCUGAAUUUAGUCCCUAAUUUAAAUCUGUGCCACCAGAUUAAAGAAAUAAAAGGGCAUAUUUGGGGGA